CGCCGCGGAGGAGGCUGACGGCGCUCCAGGCUCAUCCAUCGGGCUCCGUUCGUGCUGCUCGGGCUUCCCCUUCCCGGCUCUCCCGCUCCACGGGUCCUGUGUCUGCACAGCGCAGGAUGGAGGCUUGUGUUUCCAGUUUCUUCUGCUUUGCCUAAUCUGAAGGUGAAGAAGCAGGAAAUACCACUCCAUCCAAAGCUGACCUGGGCCCACCUGUUUGGAAGUGUGUAAGGAGCUGCUCUGUUGAGCGUUAUCCCUCUUGGAAGUUUAGGAGUAGGACUGAGGGAGCGUUUCAUGGAAAGCAGCAUUGUAUGUACCACUCCUGGUGUGGUUUAUAAAGCCCAGCUUCUGAGAAGGAGGGUUCUGUGGUUAAGGAAGUGGCCCUGGCAGGGGGUGUAUCCCCAGGGUGUGCAGCCAAGGGGAGAAGACACUUGCAGAAGCAGCGAAGGGAUGUAAAGUUGUCUUCCAAGAUGACUCUGAUGCCUGGAGAAAAUUCCGACUAUGACUAUAGUGCCCUGAGCUGUGCUUCAGAUACUUCCUUCAACCACCCAUUCUUUCCAGAGUCAGAAACCCUCAAGGGAGUCUUUUACCAAAGAGCCAGGCUAAUUCCCCCCCAGGAGGAUCUCCUCAAAGGCUUUCACCCCGACGACAGGAAGCACCACAUCAUUAUAAACGUGGGGGGCAUAAAGUACCUGCUCCCCUGGACCACACUUGAUGAAUUCCCACUGACACGUCUGGGACAACUGAAAUUCUGUAAUAAUUUUGACGACAUUCUCAACAUCUGUGAUGAUUAUGAUGUGACUUGCAAUGAAUUCUUUUUCGACCGCAACCCGGGGGCGUUCAGGACAAUCCUGACCUUCCUGAGGGUCGGGAAACUUCGGCUCCUGCGUGAGAUGUGUGCGCUGUCUUUCCAAGAGGAGCUGCUCUACUGGGGGAUUGAGGAAGACAACUUGGACUGGUGUUGUAAAAGGAGAUAUCUGCAAAAAAUGGAGGAGCUCACAGAGAUAAAUGAACGGGAGGAUGACCUCCUAGAAAAUGAAACAACAGGUGAAACAGUAGAGGAGACAAAAAUUGGUUUGUGCAUGAAAAAGUUGCAAGACAUGGUGGAAAGGCCCCAGUCUGGCCUUCCUGGAAAGGUGUUUGCGUGUUUGUCUGUUUUGUUUGUAACUAUUACAGCAGUGAACUUAUCCAUCAGCACCAUGCCUGACCUGAGGGAGGAGGAGGAAAAGGGUGAGUGUUCCCAGAUGUGCUACAACAUUUUCAUUGUGGAGUCUGUGUGUGUGGCAUGGUUUUCCCUGGAGUUCCUGCUGAGGUUCAUCCAGGCAAAGAGUAAGUUUGCGUUCCUGCGGCGGCCGCUGACGCUGAUCGACAUAAUCGCCAUCCUGCCCUACUACAUCACGCUGCUGGUGGACACCACCUCGGUGGGCUCCAAGAAGCCCAGCUCUGGGAACAUCUACCUGGACAAGGUGGGGCUGGUGCUGCGGAUCCUGCGGGCGCUGCGGAUCCUGUACGUGAUGCGGCUGGCGCGGCACUCGCUGGGGCUGCAGACCCUGGGCCUCACCGCCCGCCGCUGCACCCGCGAGUUCGGGCUCCUGCUGCUCUUCCUGUGCGUGGCCAUCGCGCUGUUCGCGCCCCUGCUCUACGUCGUGGAGAACGAGAUGGCGGAUUCCCAGGAGUUCACCAGCAUCCCCGCCUGCUACUGGUGGGCUGUCAUCACCAUGACCACCGUGGGCUACGGGGACAUGGUGCCCAGGAGCAUCCCCGGGCAGGUGGUGGCCCUGAGCAGCAUCCUGAGCGGCAUCCUCCUCAUGGCAUUCCCCGUCACCUCCAUCUUCCACACCUUCUCACGCUCCUACCUGGAGCUGAAGCAGGAACAGGAGAGAAUAAUGUACAGGAGAGCACAGUUCUUACUGAAAGCCAAGUCUCAGAUGAGCAAUGAGUCACAAGGGAGUGAGGUUUUAUUCACCACUCUCUCUUCUGAGACCAAGGACAAUGAAUGAAAUUUAAGUUACUAUUUCUCCUGCUGUCGAGUAGUUUUGUUGUAUCAGAUUCCAUCUUUUAAUUUGCUUUGGAAGCAUUUUACAAGGGUAACCCUCUUACUAAAAUGAAGAAAAAGAGCUAUAGCCAGGAACUGAUGUGAUUUAAGAGGUCUGUUAUUAUGCUGUUCUUUCCUCCCCCCCUCAGUAUAAUGUAUAGGAGAGGUCUUGCACUGAGAUCAUGCAGUGGGAUUUAAGGAAUUAAAAGAUCCCUGACAAGAAAAAAAAGAAGAACAACAUAUAAUUAUGCACUUGACAGGCUGUUUUGCCAUUUGUAACACACAUUUUUCCAACCAAAUCACAAUGUAUAUAAUCAUUAAACAGGCUGCCAUUCCUCUUGUUCUUCUUGUAUAUAAAUAAUGUAAAUACAACAAAAUUAAUGGCCAAAUUCUCUCCCAGUAACAUGCCUUGGAGCAUAAUGGAAAUAACCACAGAUGUUUGUCCCAUUGUGCUUUUAAAAAAGCAUCAAGAUUUGUCACUCACAACAGAACCACGUAUUUCUUUGCAAGUCAGCCCUAAACACAGCAGAAAAGAGAGAUCAAGCUGUUUAUAGUAUAACCUUGCUAAAGAUGUAAAUACUUAGAGCUCCCCAGCUUCAAAAUUUAAUUGGCAUUACAGCAUUGAUUCUUUGCCAUCGAAUGCAGCAUUCCCAGGAACAAAGCCUUGGAGUUUUGUAGCACUUAAUAUUAUUAUCAAGAGGUGAGUAGCUGCAAAUGCAAUGCAAUAUGCAUGAGGAGCUGCCAGCCUUCCCCACCAUCUGUCCCAGGUUUCACUGUACCUCAGCUCUGGAAGGGAAUUCAGAGAGGGCAUUUUCCAGGGGACCCCCCACCAGUGCUGGGCAAAUCCACGCUGGGCUCCCAUUCCCACUGAGCACUUGGUUCUGUAAAAGCAGCAGAAAAUAUGUGGUCGUGGGAAGUUGCCAGUGAGGAAAAAAAAAAAAACAAAAUACCAUUUGAGUCAUGGAGUGGGGUGCACUGACAGCUUUAUCCUGUCCUCAAUCAAGAGGGACUCGAGGCUUCAUUAACUCUGCCUUUGCCGUCCUUACACACAUGGUAGGAAUGGAGAAAAUUUUAAAUAGGACAUGAAAAAGCAAUUCAGGUCCUAAACCACAACCACGUAUUCGUCAGCCCCAGGGCUGUCUUGAUCCAGGUUCUGCUGAAGUUGGGGGGAACACAUGGGUCAUGAGAUGCUCAGGUUUCUCUGCAGGUUAAUGACAGACCCCCCCCCAUUUAUUUUAGAGGGAAUGGUACUGGCUUGAUAACAGCUCAGGAGAAAAACUCCAGAACUUAAAAGAAAAUUAAAUUUAAUCCACUGAUUUAUUUCAUGUGCUUAGAAGUAGAGGAAAGCUAACCUGAGGAGUCUCACCUUUUUUCCCCUUCUUUUUAUUAAAUUUACUUAUUAGCAAGUUAAGAGUUGGGGAAUUUAGAAGUUGCCAUCACACUGACAAAUGCUUCUCUACAUUGAUUUUCAGAAAUACUAUCUCUUAUUGGCAUUUCUAGAAACACCAGAAUGCAAGAUGGUUUAACGAUUUAAAUUAAGGCCAAGGACACAACCACUGUCCUUUCAAAAAAAGUGAAAUUAGUUUCUCAGUCUGUGCUGUUUGGCCAAGCCCCCACUAUGCUGAUUUUCUUUUCAAAUAUCUUUAAAUUACAAUUUGAAGGCGUUCUGAUAUGCUUGUUCCUGAAGGAUAAUUCCCAAAGUUUUUAAAAUGCACUUUUCAAAUAAUUAGGGCUCCAGUCUGUGGUAGGGAAAUGUGCCUAUGGAACAUUACUACAGAGUGCUAAAAUAUCCAGCCUAAACUCUUGGCAAUUAAUUCUGCGCCAAAGCUACAAAUGAACCAGCUUUUCACUCUUCUUCUUCAGCUUUAAUUAGAGUUGGACAAAAAACAGGAACAUCGUGACAAGAAAGGGACACGUUUUCCAUUUUAUCCCCAUUUUCUUAAAUUUCAGGACUGUUUGAUCAUCUGUGGCAUUGGCUGCAGCACAAGUGCUAUACAUCUUCUACCUUGGUGUCAGCGUUCGUUAUAAAAAGAACUGGUAAUUAGAUUGGUCCUGUGAGCAACAGUUGCUUAUCUAAGAAUGUGUUUGACAGGCUGAGCCAUAAAUAAGAAGCUGUAAGUGAAUAUAAGGAGAAAUCAAGACUUACCAAAUAAAACCUAAGCUCAUUUCCAUGUUCUGCUAGUUAAUAAAUGCUGUAGGGCCAUCCAUUUUCUCAAUGUCUUUACAUUAAUGUGCCUUUAUUUUAUGCAUCACUUUAUUUUUUUUUUAUCCCCAAACCGAAGCUUGAUUCUAAAGCCCUUGUCCAGAAAAAAAAAAAACACACCAAAAUUAAAAAUAUCACCCUGGAGUUGGGUGUUGGUUGAGCAAAACUGUGAAAGCAUCUUGCCUGUUGCAAGUUCUGCCUAAGCCAGGGACAAAUAAGCUGCGAGGAUGUACCUACCCCGUGUAAUUUUGUACUUGGCAACAGCUCCUUGUAAGGAUAUGGCCAUGUUUUACUCUGAAUCACUCUAACAAACCUGGCUGUGUUUUACAGGAGGCAAUACAGACUGUAGUCCUUAUGCUAAAUAAAUCCAGCUAGAAGAGAACAACACUGGUUUGAAACCCACACGCUGUUCCAGCUUUACUGGGAAGGCUGAGGGUCUCAGAUGGUUAUGCCUUUUUACAGCAUAGUAUCUGAAUUUUUAGCCAAAUUCACGAGAAUUGUGGCUCGACUCUAAAGCUGCCUGUUCUGAGAGCCCCCAAGUCAGCUAUCACUCCUUUUUGGCAUUUUAGCAGCACGUGCAGCCAACAGGACAGUUGCAGUAAAGCCCCGUUGUGCUUUCCUGACGCGGGAGGGUUGCUGGGGUGCCCCGACAGUGGUGAUGUCUGUGACAGCGAUGGGCACUGCUCUGGGACUGCCCUCUGUAUGCUCAGCACAUGUACAGAAUGAACCCCACGGCAGGAGCUGUGCUAGUGUGGAUUAAUAAAGUGUUGGGCUCUCCCUG